AUGGAGCAAAUUAUGGAAAGAGCAGUUACUAGUUUUUUGCAAGCCCUACAAACCAAUGUUAACAGCGGAUUGCCCAAACGACAAGAAGAGCCAACUACUAUAAAACAGUUCCAGGACUUGAGACCUACCAUAUUUACCGGCAGCACAAACCCACUGGUGGCAGAAGCUUCGGUCAGAGAUAUGGAGAAAAUUUUUCGUGCGCUACCUUGCACAAAAAGACAGAAAGUGACUUUCACCACAUUCACCUUCAAAGGCGAUGCACAAGAAUGGUGGCUACUUACCCUGGAGAAAGAAUAUAUUGUGACUUGGGCCAGAGUCUUGGAGACCCCCACACUUGCAAUCCCCAUGAUUCGAGAAUUCUCGAAUGUAUUUCCUGAAGACCUGCUUGGUACCCCAGUUGAUCGAGAAAUCGAAUUCACCAUUGAAACCCAACCUAGUACACAACCAGUCACAAAGACCCCUUACCGCAUGUCCAUGAUAGAAUUGAAAGAACUAAAAACCCAACUUCAAGAACUACUGGACAAAGGGUUCAUCCGACCAAAUAUCUCACCAUGGGGAGCUCUGGUGCUGUUCGUAAAGAAAAAGAAUGGUACAAUGAGGCUAUGCAUCGAUUACCAGGAGCUUAACAAAGUCACCAUCAAGAACCGAUACCCUCUACUCUGA